AUGUCUAGGUCUAGCCGAACUGUCGGGGAUGUUUGUGGUGUCGACAACCAUAAAUUUUGGAUAAAAGAUGUUCUCAGACGACCCAAGGUUUGCGACAGAUGCUAUCGCAUCACAGCAGAUAUGAAGUGCUUGCAUCAAGCCAUGUCAAGAGAAGGCUUCGGAAUGCGAGUUCCACUCUCGGAGCUACACAGGUCUGCCGAAUCCUCACUUUGUCGUUUGUGCAGCAUCUUUCUUUGCUUGGCUCUACACUCACUACUAAAUGAGAGUUUCUUCAACUGGCCUGUGGCGAAAUUCCUUAAGGUUCAUAAGACGGCGAUUGCGGCGCUUCAUGUACGGGCUGUUGUUCAACCUGUGGGGCUGCGGAAGUCAUUUUGCGAUCUACAAAUACUACUGCUGUACGGAGGGAUAGUAGAUGCUGGAAUCCAAGCGCGGGAUGCUAUGGAUCAACAUCUCAGAUUCAUGAUUUACGCAUGCCCUAAUGACCGAGAAGCUACAUAUAUCCGUUCUCGGGAGUGUGACCACAAUGUGAACUCUGAAGCUGCCUACUCCAAGAUCAGAUCGUGGAUAGCGGACUGUGAUGACCGUCAUUCAUGCUGCCCCCGUCCAGUACCGAUGCCAUUGCCCACACGUGUUCUCGAUCUGAAUAACCCAGACAGCGUGAAAUUACACGAGACGCAGUCAGAACGCGGUCAAUAUGCUGCUCUUAGCUAUUGCUGGGGCAAGAAACAGCCAUCCAAGUCUCUCCCAUCGUCUUCUCAAGAUGGCUCCACAAAUCUACAAAUUUCUUCUCUGCCCCUUACCAUUCAGGACGCAAUCACGGUUACGAGGCAAAUUGGCCUCAGAUACCUUUGGGUUGACGCACUCUGUAUCAUCCAGGACUCCAACGAAGACAGAGACACCGAAAUUGCACGGAUGGCGCAAUACUACCAGAGCGCUUCGAUAACCAUAUUUGCAGCCAGCGCGAGCGGCUCCGAUCAAGGAUUUUUAGCAUCCACAGCUUCAGUAAGGUCCCGAGAGCCCGAUGCUACAUCAUAUCAAUUCCAAUUAUCAAUUGCUUUGCCGGAUGGGACUGUGGGUAUUGUUAGCGCCGAGUAUUGCAUAUGGGACAACGGGGUCUCUCCGGAGCCUUUGGAUCAUCGUGCUUGGGCUUACCAGGAACAUCUUCUAUGCCGCCGGGCCUUGACAUACGGGACGUCAACGCUAACUUGGCGCUGUGGAGAAGGAUUACAAACCUGGAAUUCUUGGCUGCGUAGGCACCAGAAAGAAGUGACCAAACUUCUUCCUCAGGGACGGAGUCAGUACCUUUACAAGAAAGAAUGGAAAGACAUGAUAGCCAUCUACAAUUACCGCAAUCUCACCUUUCUAGAAGACAAACUACCUGCCAUCUCUGCGCUGGCGAGCGAAGUUUUCCGCAUCUCUGUCGAGAACGGCGGCGAGCCUGGCAAAUACCUCGCAGGAGUUUGGGAAAAUGAUCUCCAUAAUCAGUUGCUCUGGUUCACGGCUCCGGGAGAGAGUCGAGAUGUCCGAUGCAUCCCGUACCGCGCCCCAAGCUGGUCUUGGGCGUCUGUUGAGUGCAACGUUCUAUUUCCGGACCCGGGUAGUGGCCUAGAUGCUGUUGAGAUCGAAAACCCAAAGAGUCUUCAGCUGGAGAUCAUCGACUGCGGUGUGACGCCUCGUUGCAGUCUGCUACCAUUAGGGCAGGUCACUGCGGGCCGGCUACGGGUACGAGGUUGUCUGGUCCAUGGGGCCAGUAUCCCAGACCCAGAAAGCUGGUUGCUAGGUACAUUCAAAGGCACGAAAAGCGAUAUUUUCAACAUCAUUACGGGCUGGUCUUGGAGCCUGUUGAUGGUGAUAUCUACAGGCGCGUUGGCUGUGUGGUGUUUCAGAAUUGGUCUGAAUUUAGUGGGAAAAAACAAAUUAUUGAUCUUAUCUGAGGUUUAA